AUGUCGGAAUCGUCUUCUUGGCCUACGGAAGAGAUCGUUCGAUUAAUCAAACGAUUAAGCGCUUACGUCACUUUCAAGAUGUCCACUCUCUUCUCUACAUCUAUUCGCAAUCUGGAUUCAAGAUCUGUUGGUGCUAUUGCGGGGCUUGCAAUUGCUGUGAUAUUCACAUGGAGGGCGAUUAGAACAACAGGAGAACCUCCAAGAAGGCAGCCAAAACGCAGGAUGCAAUCACCUGAGACCUCUCAAUCUAAUGAUGUUUCGGCGUCUCGUGAGGAUAAUGGAGUGCAAGAUGUCGUUGACCACUUCUUUCAGCCUGUCAAACCUACACUGGGGCAGAUAGUUAGGCAGAAGCUUAGUGAAGGCAGGAAGGUAACAUGCCGUCUUCUUGGUGUUAUUCUUGAGGAAUCAAGUCCAGAAGAACUCCAAAAACAAGCAACCGUGAGGUCAUCAGUCCUGGAAGUUCUCCUAGAGAUUACAAAGUAUUCUGAUUUGUAUCUCAUGGAAAGAGUUCUUGACGACGAAAGCGAAGCCAAAGUACUAGAGGCUUUAGAGACUGCAGGCGUUUUCACAUCUGGUGGUUUGGUCAAAGAUAAGGUCCUGUUUUGUAGUACAGAGAUGGGAAGAACUUCGUUUGUUAGACAACUAGAACCUGACUGGCAUAUCGACACAAACCCGGAAAUCAGCACACAGUUAGCUGAGUAUUUCAAUCAGCUCAUAAGAAGUAGAAGAUGCAAUGGCAUCCAAGUAAAACACGACGCCACCUUCGGAAAAGGUGUCUAUGCAAUCUCAGAGUUUCAGGAAGAUGAACUCAUUCUGAAAGAUGAGAUUCUUGUCGGUAUCCAACAUUCAUCUAACAAGGUGGACUGUUUGGUUUGCAGUUUUUGUUUCCGGUUCAUCGGGUCAAUAGAGAAACAAAUUGGGAGGAAACUGUAUUUUAAGAAUAUGGGUCUCUCUGGUUGUUGUGGUAAUGAUUCAUCUGAAAGCGAGGAAGAUGAACGCGUCAAUUACAAUGAAUGUGGUGCAGCAAGCAGCAGUUCGAAUCAUCAUUCCCUUCCACAAGGAGUUGUUAGUUCUCUGAUGAACGGUGAAAUGGCCUUGCCGCAUACUGAUAAGUUUCCUUUGCCUUCUCUUCUUUCGUGCCCCGGAGGAUGUCAGGAGGCUUUCUACUGCAGUGGAUCAUGCGCAGAGGCAGAUUGGGAAAGUUCUCAUUCUUUACUCUGCACUGGUGAGAGGUCUGCAUCAGUAUCUAGAGAAGCACUUGGAGAGUUUAUUAAACAUUCUAAUGAGACAAAUGAUAUCUUUCUCCUCGCUGCAAAGACGAUUGCCUUCACCAUUCUAAGGUACAGGAAACUUAAAGCUGAACAUGUGAACAAACAAGCGAAGCAGAGUGUGUCAAAGCAAUCACUACUCUUGGACGCAUGGAAACCUGUAUCGGCUGGAUACAAAAGAAGAUGGUGGGACUGUAUCGCGUUGCCAGAUGAUGUUGAUCCGUCUGAUGAAGGUGCCUUCAGAACGCAGAUAAAGGAUCUUGCACAUACGUCUUUGGAGCUCCUGAAGACCGCUAUAUUUGACAAAGAAUGUGAAGCCCUUUUCUCGCUUGAAAUAUAUGGGAAUAUCAUCGGCAUGUUUGAGCUGAAUAACCUAGACUUGGUGGUAGCAUCACCAGUAGAGGACUAUUUCUUGUACAUAGAUGAUCUUCCAGACGCUGAAAAGGACGAAGCUGAGGAAAUCACAAGACCGUUUCUUGAUGCUCUUGGUGAUGAGUAUUCAGACUGUUGCCAAGGAACGGCUUUCUUCCCUCUCCAGAGCUGUAUGAACCAUUCAUGUUGCCCCAAUGCAAAAGCCUUCAAAAGAGAAGAGGACAGAGACGGACAAGCAGUUAUUAUUGCAUUAAGACGCAUCAACAAGAACGAAGAGGUGACAAUUUCAUAUAUAGACGAGGAGCUUCCGUACAAAGAGAGACAAGCAUUACUUGCAGAUUACGGUUUCACCUGCAAGUGCCCUAAAUGUCUGGAAGACUCAUCAGUUGCCUGA